AUGAACCCCAUAGUUUCACAUCUUUUUGUUUUAUUACAAGCUAUAGAGAGGAAAAGCUUAUCUAUGGUGAGGGCCAUUUUUGGAGGCUUUGAGGCUCUGCUUCCCAGGCCAUUUCAGGUCUUAUCCCUGACCCACUCCCCCAAGCAAAGGGAGCCAGAAGCACUAACCUCCUUUCAUGGAGCAGGGGUAAAAGGGCAGGGGCACUUGUCUCAGGAAAAUAGGAAAGGGCAGAAAGGCUCAUCCUUCUAUGACACAUGGACUCUAGCUUUUCUCUCUCACACACUUAUUUAUGAUAGAAAUAAGUGUGGGAAAUCUAGAGUUACUCAAGAAGAUGUUGAAAGGUGGUGA